AUGAACUCCUCUUUGGUUGGCAACCAGAGUGGCCGGCCCUUCUGUCUCCUGGCCAUUAGCUAUUUGGAGACCAUCAAUUUUUGCCUCCUGGAAGUGGUUAUUAUUGUGUUCCUCAUGGUGCUGAUUAUUUCAGGCAACAUUAUUGUGAUAUUUGUGUUUCACUGUGCACCUCUGCUGACCCACCACACCACCAGCUACUUCAUCCAGACUAUGGCGUAUGCUGACCUCCUGGUGGGCGUGAGCUGUCUGGUGCCUUCUUUGUCUCUGCUGCACUACCCUAUUGUUCUAAGUGAGUCCUUGGUUUGCCAAAUUUUUGGUUACGUGGUAUGUUCCAUGGCCUCUUUGGCGUGCAUCAGCAUUGACAGAUACAUUGCCAUCACCAAGCCACUCACCUACAACACGCUGGUCACCCCUUGGAGACUUCGCAUCUGCAUCCUGAUCAUCUGGCUCUAUUCCUGCCUUGUCUUCUUGCCCUCCUUCCAGUGGGGAAAGCCUGGGUACCACGGGGAUGUGUUUCAGUGGUGUGCUAAUUCCUGGAACACCGAUCCCUAUUUCACCCUCUUCAUUGUGGUGAUGCUCUACGCCCCGGCUGCCUUCAUCGUCUGCUUCACCUACUUCAACAUCUUCCGCAUCUGCCAGCAGCACACCAAGGAGAUCAACGAGAGGCGCGUGCGCUUCAGCUCUCAGGACGGGGAGGCCGGGGAGGCGCAGCCCUGCCCGGACAAGCGCUAUGCCAUGGUGCUGUUCCGCAUCACCAGUGUCUUCUACAUCCUCUGGUUGCCCUACAUUAUCUAUUUUCUGCUGGAGAGCUCCAAUGUCUAUAGUAACCGCGUGGCGUCCUUCCUCACCACUUGGCUUGCCAUUAGCAACAGUUUCUGCAACUGUGUCAUUUACAGUCUCUCCAACAGUGUCUUUCAGAAGGGGCUUAAGCGUCUCUCGGGGGCUGUUUGUGCCUCCUGUGCUAGACAGAGGGUAGCUAAGGACUCCUCUAACUCUAGGAGCAAAAGAUCUUCCAAUGGAUGUCAUGUCUAAGACACCUAUCAGCUGGACUGGGAAGUGCAGGGACAAUUUUGUAAAUUGCAAAAUAAAUACGAUUUUAAGACGUCCAGAUGUGCAAAAAGGUUUCUGAGAAAUGCUGCUGACUUAGAAGAAUCAGGAGCACAUAUCAUUUUGAUGUCACUUUAAAAAAAUUUCUUGCUGUGGAGGAGGCUGUGGAGUUUCACCUCCAUGUUCAUGUUUAAGAAUAAAGCUGUAUCUUGACACUUACCUCUCCAGCUGGUGUGACUGAAUGGAGUGGGUGUCUUGAGAGCUUCAGCAAAAUGUAGUCUUUCUUACAGCUUUACUAGAUUCUUUGGAGAUUCGUGCUUCACAUGUAAAUGAUAGAUCUGAAGUGGAAA